UGUCUGCUUGUAUGUUUUCGUGACUUAACGGAGCAAAAGCAAUCAAAGCCAGUGUUAGCUUGAUUUUACAGUGCAAAUCCUCCACCAAAUAACGCUCCGAAUUUCCAAUUUUUUUGUGAAUUGUGCAAAAAAUUUUUUUUGCCCCUAAAACCGACAACCCAACGCCACAUACACCAAAAAGUUAACUUAAAAAAAGAAACCAACCUAAGCAAAAAAUAAAUUUAAAAAUGGCAGCACCAGCAUUGAAAGAUUUACCCAAAGUGGCUGAGAACCUGAAGAGCCAGCUGGAGACCUUCAAUACUGACAAUCUGAAGAAUGCCAGUACUCAGGAGAAAAUCAUUUUGCCCACAGCAGAGGAUGUGGCCGCUGAAAAGACUCAGAAGUCGAUUAUCGAUGGCAUUACUGCCUUCGAUCCAUCCAAUUUGAAGCACACGGAGACCAAUGAGAAGAAUCCAUUGCCCGAUAAGGAAGCUAUUGAAAAGGAGAAGGAGAAGAAUCAAUUCAUAGCGGGCAUUGAGAACUUCGAUGCGAAAAAGUUGAAGCACACCGAAACUAACGAGAAGAACGUGCUGCCAACCAAGGAGGUCAUUGAGGCCGAGAAGAAGGCCUAAAUAAUCAGUGGCAGUGGCCAACAACAACAAUAAUAACUGAAGAAAUGCGUCGAUGUUUGUGAGCAGCGAAGUCGCCGUAAUUGUCUCUCCAUAUACAUAUAAACAUAUAUUUUUUUUAUUUCAUUGCUAAACAAACAAAAAAAAAAACAAAACAAAAAACACGUAAAACGAGCAUUUAAGUAAUAGGUGGAAACAAAAAAAAAAAAAAAGACAAACUAUGUUCUUCUCUCUCGUAACAAGAAAAUAAUGAUAAGACGCCGCAUCCAAUGCAGCCAUCCAUCGAACAGAAAGAUGAAGAAAAACGUUCCACAGGCGCAGCAACAGACCAAGCAGCAGUGGCAGCAGCAACAACAAUAACAAUUGCAACAACAACAACAAACUGUGCAACAUUUUAGUUGGCUCGUCAGCUUCGUCAGUUAGUUAGUUUGUUGGCCAUUACUAAAAAAUAAAAACAAAAACGGCCAACAGUUGCAAACCUUGUUCGCUUCUCGCCUAUCUGUCUCGCCUGUCGAUGUCGUGACUCUUUGUUGUUGCUGCUGUUGCUGAGCCGCCUAACUGUCUUGUCUGUCUGGGCCAAGUAUAUAUAUAUUUUUCUCUCUAUAUUGUGUAACAUUUUUGCAACAAAAACAAAAAAAUACAAAAAGAAACGAAGAAAAACUCAUUCCUACAACGCAAAUAAAAAUAAAAUAUGAUACAACUUUUUGAAUGCAUUAUGCGAUUUCUGGACAUAUAUGCAUAUAUAUAUACAAUAACAAAAACAUACACACACACACACACACCACACACAUACAUACACACACACAGAUAUGAAAUCAUUUAUGUAUUUACUUAAGAAACAAAAAGACAUUACUUUGUAAAAGACAACAAAAAAACAUCAACAAUGUACGAGAAUUAAUUCCGCAAAAAGAAACGAAAUAAUUGAAGAAAUGUAUGUGUAAUUUUUUAAUAAAACCUUUUUUAUAUGCUUUA